ACUAUCCUUCAUACCAUUAGGGAAGCUGGAGGAUUGUGGUCUGUCUGUGGAGGUUCGAGGAAGAAGAAGUGCCAUCAUUCAUGGGUGUCAGUGAAAAAAAUUAGAGCCCAUCUUUGGUGUCAGGUGGGCAGGAAUUGUGCCCCAUCAUUGGUUGUCAGUGGGAGGAUUAUGUGCCCAUCAUCUGGUGUCAGUGGAGAAUACUGCCCCAUCAUGGUGUCAAUGGGGAGGAAUAGUGCCCCAUCAUUGGUGAGUCAGUGGGAUCGUCAUGGAAUAGUUGCCCCAUCAAUUGGUGUCAGUGGGAGGAAUAGUGUUCCCAUCAAUUGGUGUCAGUGGGAGGUGGAAUAGUGCCCCAUCAUUGGUGUCAGUGGGAAUGAUUAGUGCCCCAUCAUUGGGUAUUGUCAGUGGGAGGAAUAGUGCCCCCGAUCAUUGGUGUCAGUGGGAGGAAUAGUGUCCCCUUCAUUGGUGUCAGUGGGAGGAAAGGAAUAGUGCCCCAUUGGUUGUCAGUGGGAGGAAUAGUGCAGAAUUGGUAGCAAUGUGGAAAGAAUAGUGUCAUGAUCAUUCGGUGUCAGUGGGAGGAUUAGCUGCCCCAUCAUUGGUGUCAGUGGGAGGAUUAGUGCCCCAUCAUUGAUGUCAGUGGGCGAGGAAUAGUGCCCCAAUCAUCGGUAUCAGUGGGGGAAUAG